GCUGGUUGUAGCUGCCCGCUGCAAGGUCCUCUGCUUGCUCUGCAAUAUGCAAAGCGAGAGACGCCAGGUUUGAGGGAAGUUUUCUUUUGCGUCACAAGCACACAGUGCAGACGAUGAUAAAAAGCUUCAACGAGAUACGACAGCCAACACAAAAGCCCGCACCACCACUACAAUGGCAAUGCCACACGAACCUGCCGCUACCAGGCUGCGUCGCCUCCGUUUGGGAGACAUCAAGGUUCCCGUGCUUCUUGGCGAAGAUACACCCCCGCGCGAGUUUGCCAGCUCUACCGAGGAGACGCUGGAUCUGGUUAACCGGCACAACAACACUAGGACGCCAGGUGUUGAGGGCGACGAGGCGUAUCGAUGCUGCACUCUCAGCGGGCAAAUUCUCCCUGAGGGCGCCCAUGUCUUUCCUCACAGCGAAAGGCUGCUUGAGCAGCUCCACAUCUGGUCUCGCUCGACUGGUCCUUUCCGAGAUCUACCACAGCAGCGAGCCCGUCGCAGGUGCGCGGUCGACAACCUCAUCUUCUUGAGUCUGGGCUUCCACAAGCGCUUUGAGCCGGGAGCCGCCUUUAGGCUCACAUUGACACCCAGUCUGGCGACUCUGGUCGACGUGGCCGUCUCACUCGAAACCUUUCUCGCCAGCAAGGAGAACGACGAGACGUUCGAUGUUCCCACCUUUGAGCCUUGGAGUGUGGUCGCCAAUGGCUGUCAGCACGAGCUCGAGGAUGGAACGAAGCGCUACCAGUACCUGCUCUGGGGUUUUGGCAGUGGACGGCCACCAACUGAUUUUUUCGUCAGGCUCGGCGGUCGAAGACGCGAAUUUAAAGCCGAGAAGGAUGCGACGGUGCCGACGCUCUUUGCGGACGUGGAUUCCAAGAAGUACUUGGAACCAUUCUGGCUCACCGUGCACCCAAUCUUCGCUCUUCUCGUCGCUGCGCACAAUGCCAAGAGCCGUGACGGCCGUCCGCUUCAGUGGCGCCCCGAGGCAGAAGCCAUCGCCGAGCUCGCAGAAUACUGCCUGCAGCUCUGUGAGGUGGACCACCUCUCUGGCUUUCGCGAUCUCGUGAGGCCCUCCUCCCUCGAGCGCCCCCUGCCCGUGCUCCAAGGGCAGCCAGACACUCGCCCGCGCUUUGUUGGCAUUCCCUGGGACGGCCUCGAGGGUGUGACGAUGGAUGUCGACGACGACGAAGACGAUUCCAGUGCCGAAGUAGGCCCUCCCUCGUCGUCAACGGGCAGUCGCUCUUCCAAGCGCGCUCGCACAGACGAAGGCGGGAGCAGCAGCCCGUCGCGCCGCCAGUCCAGGAGGCUGCAAAGGAAGGACCCUCUCUUCUCCCCCUUUGCCAGGCCCUCGGAGCUGGGCGACGAAACGGCACUGACAGAGCCGGACGAGGGCGACAAGAGCGCCGGCGACGCAGACGUGCCAGACCUCAGGGCACUGGUGCGAAAGCAGAAGCCUACCAUGGACGACUUCCUGGUCGCCAUCCGUGCGGUCGAGGCGUACCGGGAGCGCGUGGCUGCCGUCGAGGGGGAGCGCGACGAGGCCUAUGCACGCUGGCUCCUCAAUCAGGCCAAGGAAAAGGGGUCGCGAAGCCUGGCGCUCCGAGCCCUGCGUACCUCGCCGCCAUCAUUCCCGGACAUUGAGGCCAGGCUGUCGACCGUCGACGCAAAUGCCCAAAAGCUCGAAGACGUAGUAAGGCACCUCGAGUAUUGCCUGUCGCACCACGACGGCUGAGACGGCAAGGCGCAUCAACAAGAGUGACGCAGCAC